CCUUACUUCAAAAUCAUGUAUUCCAAUUCCAACUACAAUUACAUUGUUCCUUCUCUUCCUUUAUUCUUUCUGUGUCUAUUCAUCUUCUUCUAAUCAUCAUGGAUAGAAACAACUCUCGUAGACAACUUGCUGCAAUGAAACAGUCCCUCUUUGAUCAGGGACAUCUUGAUGAGCAAUUUAUCCAACUUGAAGAAUUGCAAGAUGAUGCUAAUCCUAAUUUUGUUGAGGAAAUUGUAACUCUUUACUACCGUGAUUCAUCUAGGCUUAUCUCUAGCUUGGAACAAACACUGGAGAGGAAUCCAUUGGAUUUCAACAAGUUGGACACAAUCAUGCACCAAUUUAAAGGAAGCAGCUCAAGCAUAGGGGCCAAAAAGGUGAAAGCAGAAUCCACUCUAAUUAGGGAAUAUUGCAGGACAGGAAAUGCAGAAGGGUGUAGGAAGAGCUUUCAACAAAUGAAGAAAGAAUAUGUAGCAUUGAGAAAGAGACUUGAAAAUUAUUUUCAACUAGUUAGGCAAGCUGGGCCUAUGGAGAGAGCAUGUCGCCCAAAGUAGAGACCUUAUAUAUAUAUAUAUAUAUAUAUAUAUAUUUAAUGAAGGCAUGCAAAUGUAAAUGGUGAAUUUUGUUGUACUAACUCUGAGGGAGGAAAAUGUUUAAUAUUCACCAAUAGAAUUGGAAAGGCAAUAGUGCCUGUAUGAGAGGAUUGUGGCCUACAAAAUAUGUAUAAGGUUUAUCCUAUGUUUUUUUUUUAAUCAAAAAGGGCUAUAGGAAUCCUGUUAUGGAGCUUUAUAGUUUAUACUAUCACUAUAGAGGAAAUUAUGUUACAUAGCUUUACAAUUACUGUCAUUUAUAAAUUCUCUUUAUCUCCA